GAACGUGAGUAGAGAAAUGACUCAACUCAAAUGAAUUUGAAUUAAACCGAUGGUUUCAAUUUAUUUAAAUCAAAGAAACAAAAUGAAUAGUGAAUUUUUAAAAAGAAAAAUAUGUAAGGUGUCGCGUGAUGAUGUAAUUACGUUGUGACGUAAAAGCUGAUUUGGCUUUUUGGAAGCGGUUCUUUCUUUGAAAAGAACUGUUCAAAAGAAAAGAGAAACUAUAAUGGCAGCUGUAAUGCAACAUUAUGGAUGCCGACUGCCGUAAAACAACAACAAAGAAGAAGAGAGAAACUAGUCUGUCUUCGUGUCGCUAAACGACAGUAGAUAGACAUAAGAGUUUGUUUAAAGAGGUCAGGACUCAGGAGGAGUUCAUUGGCGCGAGGUGAUUAUAAAGCUCUGCGCUCGAGCUGUCGGCAAUCCCCAGCGAUCCUGUCGCCUAGCAACAUGGCAAACUUUCCCCGCUGCAAACAGUCUCACCCUGGCCAUCGCUUCCUAUUCAUCAUUAUUUUCCGUGAUUUAUUCAGCCAAGUGUUCCUUCAAACCAUGAACUCUUAGAUUAGAAACAAGGCCUACAUACAGUUGCAAUGUCGAAGACACCCAAGAAAAAGGCGUCCUCAUCCAGCCUCGUCGCUUCCUCGCCUGGACAACAAUCUCCCAAAAAAGAAGCAUCUUCAGUGAUCAGUGCAUCAGAAAGCCCUGAAGAACUAAAGAAGAUUCUCAUCUCUCUCUGGCCGGAGUGGAGCGACACUGAGGUCAAUGCAGAGAAAUGGGAUGCAACUAAAGCCUCUAAGGAGAACAAGCUCUUUGACGAUCCAGAAGGGAAGGUUGAACUUCCUGCCUCCUUGAGAGUACACACUUGGAAACGUCCUUCAGAGUACAUACUUAAUAAGACUCCUGUUGUGGUGGAAAAUAAAUCUACCUUUGACCUCACCUCAGCAAAUGAGCAUUUACUCUCAAGUGAGCUUAUUCGAUGGAUCAUUAGUGAGUUCUACAUUCUAUGGAAAGUCUGCAACACAGGAGAGGACAAGGCCGUCUCGAUGGAAACAGUUCCCAACCUUUGGAGACCCUGGGAACACAUCUACUCCCUUUGUAAAGCAGAGACGGAUCACAUGCCCCUCUAUAAUACCUAUGGGAAGUAUGUCAUUAAACUCUACUGGAUGGGAAGUUGGAGGAAGAUUACUGUUGAUGACAUGUUACCAUUUGACAAAGAUGAUAACCUGUUGCUUCCUGCUACUACAAACCAAUCAGAGCUUUGGCCCAUGCUGUUGGCUAAGGGUAUACUAAAGGUGGCCAGUACUGAUAUUCCAGUCUCAGGCUCUGGGAGAGAGUUUGGAGAUUUUACAGUCAUGCAUUGUCUCACUGGAUGGAUACCGGAGAUCAUUCCUUUAAAAUCCUGGUAUACAGGGAAAAUUUGGGAAUUUCUGAGGGACAAUAUUCCUCAAUUCCAGUUGGAGGAAGAGAGCUCAGAGGAGAAGACCACGACAACAGAUUCUAAUGUGAACGAGAUCAAGAGUGAAUCUCCCACAGUACUUCAGAGCAGAGCCACUGGUCUUCCUCAGAUGGUAAUGUGUGCCAGUUACCAGCCCUUGCACCUGCUGGAGAAAAGGACCUCAGUGCUUACAAGGAUGGCUGAUUCGUCUGAGAGUCUGAGGCAGUAUGGGCUCUCUCAGCUCUUCAGUCACCCUGUGCUGCUCACCUGCACUCGAGACUGCCCCCUGGUGGCCCCUCCUAAGGCACCCCCAAUUCCUCAAUGGAAACUCAUCCGCCCCCGCAAGCAGACUAACAUCACAGAUGAACCCAAGGAACCCCCUGUACAGAAGCCAGAGCAGUUCAUUGAGGUUUCUAGCCCCUUCAUCAACUUCAAACUUAUGACUAUGGCUGCACAUGACAUGGAGCAGGGAGGUGUAAAGAGGCGUGGGUAUAACUCUAAUCUCUCCUUUUCUGAAAUGGAUGAUAGUGAAGAUGGCCACACUCGGAAUGACAUCACCCAGAACAGCCUUAAUACACUGGACAUCACUGAAACCAUUCAGGUAACAGCAGAGGACAAGAAAAAGGACGACAGCAUCGCCAACGAUACGGAAGUAGUAGAGUCAACUUCAGGCCCCGACAAAGAGACAGAUGGAAAAGAUAAGGAGAGGGUGCAGACAGCCAAGGAAUCCAGUGCUGCGUUGCUUCAGUCCCACGAUGCAUUAGCGUCAGACAAACCCCUUCUGCUGGAGACCUGGGUGGACCUGCACAACUUCACCAAAUGCUUCCAGACGUUGCUGAUUUUCCACAAGCCAAACAAAUAUGUUCAUCAAUGCAGGACAUCACACUUUAAGAACUCUGUCUCCUCUCGACUGUCUGCUGCUGCAUUGUCCAACGCUGUGGCCUCCACCCACUCCGUGGCCGCUCCUGCUAGACAACCUGAUUCCACUGGAAUUGCUUACACAAAGUCUGCAGAUGGAAGAGGUACUCACUUCCUGUUUGUUGAUAACCUGUUACCCACAGAAAUUGUCAUUGGGUUCUCAGCUUUAGUACACUGGGGAGAGAGUCUGGAAGAGAAAAAGGAGUCAUCAACCAGGCCUGGUUCUUUAACAGCUAAGCCUUUCUCGUGGAAGAGCAUUGUCUCUCAACUCCCCGUGGUGCAGAUCCAAACCACUGCUAGUAAAGCUGUCUUACUCUCGCUUCCUCCUGGGCGUCAUGUUCUUCAUUUGCACACAAGCGCUUCAUUUGCCAUCCACCUACAUCUCUGCAGCAUGUCUCCUUUUGUGUUUGGUGAUGAGGAGACUGUUAUGCCACACCUUGACAAGGAGAGUUUGAGGUUCUGUGAGCAGGCUGUAAUGAUCGUGAGAGCUCUGGGUCGAGUGAUCAGCUGCUUUUCAGAUCCAGAAGAACUACCAUCAACCACUAAAGAACUUGAGAAGACCCAUGGUGUAGGCAUACAGCAACAAAGGGUGUUCAAUGAGGCUGUGUAUCAUAUGUUCUGCUCUGCUCUGGGGCGGAAACUGACCUCUGAGGAGCUGUUUGCUGUACAGACUCUGACCGGAGACCCAUCGCCACAUGGCAGCAAUGAUAAAGCCAUGGAUGCACGAUCAGAUGACACUCCAGAGCGCUGGAACGGCAGGCAGGCCACAGACAAGGAAAUGCAGGCAGCCACAGUCCUGCAGGCAGGUUGGAAGCGAUACCUUGUCAGAGAGAUCCUCACUGCAGCAAGACCAGGAACCAAGGAAAAUUUGAGCGUCGCUAAGACUCUGCAAGAGAUGUGGGCUCCUGUGGAAUCAGAUGUGGAGAAACAUGCCGUAUCUUUACUGAGACACAUGGUUGCUAAUGGUGAAGGAAUAGCAGAGCUGUACCCCUGUAGAGAGGACGAGUACAACAGAAUAACGUUCACUGACUAUUCAGUGCCCAUACCAGAGGCAGCGAACUCCUGGAUUCUGAUCUUCAGGGAGGCAUUUCAUGUUCCUAAGAACAUGCUGCUUGUUCCUAAGAUCUUCUCCCCUCUUCCUGUAUGUAUUGUGCAUGCCAUUAAUAAUGACACCUUAGAAGAGAUACCCAGAGUCUUUAACAGGGUGGAGCCAUACAUAUACACACCAAACAAGGGUGGUUAUACGUUUGUAGCUGAGGCACAUACUGGAGACACGCCUGUGAUUGGAGGACAGUGGCGAAUGCGUCUGAUUGGCUCCCGAGAACCCCUACCACAACUAGUCAGAGAAACCCCAAGCAAUAUCUUUUCAGUAAAAGAGUUGAAAGGUUACUACAUUCCUAAUCAAAAGAACAUCAUCUGCAGACAUGUGAUAAAAGUCUCCAGUGAUCACAGUGCUACUGUGCUGUUUCAGACCUCAAAAUCAGACGUCAACAUUAAACUCAAUAUCCUAGACCAUGAGAAAGAGGUCGCCAGCAGUCAGGGCAAAGGGCAUGUCACCCUCCCAGUCUACUGCUUCUUAGCCAGCAACGGCGGUUCUGUGGCCCAGGCGGGGGCGAGGCAUGAUCAGGGCAGCCUUAUAGCAGAAGGGAGAGUGACAGGAGGGGGCGGAGGAAAGGAAGGGAGUGACCAGCACCCUACAGACACACUGUUUCAUAAGUAUUAUAUACAGGCGGAAGUGUUACAGGAGAGCUGGCCUAUAGAUGAAUCUCUCUCCUCCUUCAUCCAGAAACUCCGAGACAUAGAGUGCAGUGAAAUGAGAGUGUUUGGGGAUAUUUUGGAUGGCACAUCCACGCCCGUGGGUACGGACCAACAAAACAAAGAAGGCCAGAAAUCUGCUCCCAAAUCGACCCAUAAGGCCAAGGAACGUGAAAAGGACAAAGACAAACUAACAUCUAAGUCAAGCUCCAUUAUGGACCAUAGUUUGGAUCCGAGUAAGCCCCACUGGAUCCUGCGUGUAGUGAGUGACCACAGUGAGGCAGAAAGUAUAGAAGUAAAGAAAGACACUGAGAGAUUGGAGGAGAUCAGAGCCAUGAAACUGGCCUGGGAAGCAGCGGAGCCCGGCAGAGCAGCAAAGGCUCAUCAGACCCGACUGCGCUAUCUCAAAGAGCUGCAAGAACAUGCAGAGAGUAAAGAACCUGUCACAGCUGAGACAGAGACACAACCUAAGUCCCAACAGAGUGGAGAGUUCCCACAGAACGCUGACAAAAAUUAUAUCGAUUAUACACCAUUUAUCAGGAAGUCUUUGCCGCUGCCUCGUCUAAAGGAUAAAGAGGUGGAGGAGGAGCAGAGGAGGGAACGCUCUGAGAAGUUCCAAAGUUUCCGUCUGAUCUGGGACAAUAUUCUGGAACAGCGUAAACAGGAAAAAAUUGCACGUAAGGAAAUGAUGAAAAGACAGCUGGAGACUUACAUUGGCUUUCAGGACACAAUGGAUGCAUAUCGGCAAAAGAUGCUGCAGGCUCGUGAGCCAUUCCGUUCUCGUAUCCUCGAGGGACAGUCACAUAAGAAAAUGGAGGAGCCGCCUAUUGAAACAGUCGAACAGGUUGAGCUAGAGAAAAACCCUAUUGUGGUCCAGUCAAGUGGACGUAAAAGUGGGGGCAAAAGGAAGUGAUAUGAUUGACCACAACUUCAUAGCAAUAAAAUAGUCAGUCAAUCAGUCAAGUCAGUUUAAUAUUACACUUCUUUUUAUGAAAAAUAUUACAUUGUCUGUCCUUUUUGAAAAUAUAUCAAUAUAAAGAUUCCUUUGUAGCAAGUGAAUCCAGUUUGUAAGAUUAGCAUGCAGAGUCACCUCUCACUGUCAGGUUAUCUUACUCUUUGAUUCUUUAUUUAAAUGGUUACUGUCAGGAUUGAUUUGAGUAGCUCUGAAGGAUAGCCUGUCUCAUAGUGGCUGGUUUUGCUUCCCAGAAGACAAGCCAAAUGUAGUUCUGGAAAUUAUAGUUCCAACAUUCUUGCUUAUUGCGACAUGACAAUGACAAUGUAAUGUGAUUAAACAAAAUAAAUACUGUAAACUCUU